AUGGCGCAAGCAGCAAGUACGGCUUAUGAGGAAAGAUCCCUCAACAGUGGGGACAACGUUCGAGAGCUUCGUAAGGAGGAUGAUAUACUCGUAACAGAAUCUGUGAGUAAAAAUGGUGAAGAGCAUGGGGAAGUGCAUCUUAGGAAGCAAUUUUCUCUUUGGUCCAUUUUGGGGGUUGGUUUUGGACUCACUAACUCAUGGUUUGGUAUCUCGACCUCGAUGAUCACAGGUAUUAUGUCUGGUGGGCCCAUGAUGGUUGUUUAUGGUAUCAUAAUUAUCGCACUGAUCUCGAUUUGCAUUGCAGUCUCCCUUGGUGAGCUCUCCUCUGCGUACCCUCACGCAGGUGGCCAGUUCUGGUGGUCCUUGAAGCUGGCGCCACCAAAACACAAGCGUUUUGCUGCAUACAUGUGUGGAUCGCUCGCAUGGGCCGGCUCUGUGUUCACUAGUGCGUCUACUACAUUGUCUGUGGCUGCAGAAAUUGUGGGUAUGUACGCCCUGACACAUCCAGAGUUCGAGGUGAAGAGGUGGCACACGUUCGUAUGUUUCGAGGUGUUGCAUUUAUUUUUGAUGCUUUUCAACUGCUACGGAAAGGCUCUGCCGCUGAUCUCUUCUAGUUCCCUGUACAUCUCGCUUUUCUCUUUCAUCACCAUUACCAUCACUGUCCUUGCAUGCUCUCACGGCAAAUAUAACGACGCAAAGUUCGUGUUUGCCACAUUCUACAAUGAGACAGGAUGGAAAAACAGCGGCAUUGCAUUCAUUGUGGGUCUCAUUAACCCAGCUUGGUCCUUUUCGUGUUUGGACUGUGCGACGCACAUGGCUUUCGAGGUUGAGAAGCCUGAACGUGUCAUUCCAAUCUCGAUCUUAGGAACCGUGGCCAUUGGAUUUGUCACUUCUUUCUGCUACGUCAUUGCUAUGUUUUUCUCGCUGCAGAACCUCGACAAAGUUGUCAACUCCAACACUCAAGUUCCUAUCUUGGAUAUUUAUUACCAGGCAUUAGGCAGCAAAGCUGGUGCCAUUGUUCUCGGGUGCCUUCUGUUGUUUACCUCCUUUGGUUGUGUGAUAGCCUGCCACACAUGGCAAGCAAGAUUAUGCUGGUCGUUUGCUCGGGACGAAGGUCUCCCAUUUUCUCGCUACUGGGCUAGAGUUAGCCCUGAACUUGGCGUGCCCCUAAACGCGCACCUCAUGUCCUCUUUCUGGAUUGUGCUACUGGGCUGUCUGUACCUUGCUUCCAGUACUGCGUUUAACUCACUCAUCACCGGGUGCAUCAUGUUUUUGCUGCUCUCAUAUACUAUUCCUGUUGUUUGUUUGUUGUUAAAGAAGCGUAACAUCAAGCAUGGCCCAUUCUGGCUCGGCAAAUUUGGCUGUUUUUCCAAUGUUGUAUUGCUCGGCUGGAUGUUAUUUUCUAUUGUUUUCUUCUGCUUCCCUUCACAAAUGCCUGUUGUGAAGGACAAUAUGAACUACGCCUCGGUUGUCAUUGUGGGUUAUUUGUUAUUUUCACUACUGUUUUGGCAGUUCCGGGGGCGCCACACAUUCCAUGCGCUAGAGGAAGAAGCGGGAGAAGACAACAUGUUUCCUAUCGAAAAUUUGGAAACUAAAUGA